CACUGCUUAGGGUGCAAUCUCAUUGGAUUCCAGGAUGUUUCCUUUAAAAGAUGCGGAGCUAGGAGCUUUCACCUUCUUCGCUUCGGCUCUUCCAAAUGACGUUUGUGGGAGCAACGGCCUGCCUUUGACGCCAAACUCCAUAAAGAUCCUGGGGCGCUUUCAGAUUCUUAAGACAAUUACACAUCCUAGGCUCUGCCAAUACGUGGACAUUUCUCGUGGAAAACAUGAGAGGCUGGUGGUGGUUGCAGAACACUGUGGAAGGAGCCUGGAAGAUUUGCUUCGAGACAGGAAACCAGUGAGCUCUUUUAGGGUUUUAUGUAUCGCCUUUGAAGUAUUGCAGGGCUUGAAGUACAUGAACAACCAUGGAAUUGUCCACCGGGCUCUCUCACCUCACAACAUCCUCAUGGAUCAAGAAGGGCAUGUUAAAUUGGCUAAAUUUGGCCUUUACCACAUGACAGCUUAUGGUGCAGAUGUUGAUUUUCCUAUUGGGUACCCAUCAUACCUUGCACCGGAAGUAAUUGCACAGGGAAUUAUCAAAUGUAGUGAUCAAAUGCAGAGUGAAAAGCCUCUCCCUUCAGGCCCGAAAUCAGAUGUGUGGUCCCUUGGUGUUAUAUUAUUUGAGCUUUGUGUGGGCAGAAAGCUGUUCCAGAGUUUAGAUGUAGCUGAAAGACUAAAACUUAUACUUAAUCUUGGAUGUGUGGAUGAUAUCAUAACAGUAUUGGCUGAGGAACAUGGGUGUCUGGAUAUUAUUAAGGAAGUUCCUGAAAAUACUUUAGCUCUGCUGCAGAAGUGUCUUACAUUCCAGCCUUCCAGACGGCCUACUCCUGACAAGUUAUUGAGUGACCCAGUAUUUAGUGAAAUCUCAUCUUUAUACCCAACCUUCCACAAACCUGCUAGCCUCUUCUCUCCCACUCUAAGAUGUGCUAACUUAACUCUUCCUGAAGAUAUUAGUCAGCUGUUUAAAGAAGAAAACUCUGAUUACCUAGCAGAAAGGUCGAUUGAAGAAGUUUAUUAUCUCUGGUGCUUGGCUGGAGGAGACUUGGAGAAAGAGCUUGUCAACAAGGAAAUCAUUCAUUCAAAACCACCCAUCUGCACUCUUCCUAUUUUUGUGUUUGAGGAUGGAGAGAGCUUUGGACAAGGGCGAGACAGAAGCUUCCUUUUGGAUGACACCACUGUGACGCUUUCGUUAUGCCAGCUCAGAAAUAGGCUGAGAGAUGUUGGCGGGGAAGCAUUUUAUCCAUUGCUUGAAGAUGACCAGUCAAAUAUACCCCAUUCAAACAGUAACAAUGAGUUAUCUGCUGCUGCUAAUCUUCCUCUUAUUAUCCGAGAGCGGGAUACAGAGUACCAGCUAAACAGAAUCGUCCUGUUUGACAGGCUGCUAAAGGCAUAUCCAUAUAAAAAAAACCAAAUUUGGAAAGAAGCCAGAGUCGACAUUCCUCCGCUAAUGAGAGGAUUAACGUGGGCAGCCUUGCUUGGAGUAGAGGGUGCCAUUCAAGCAAAAUAUGAUGCUAUUGACAAGGACACUCCAAUUCCUACAGAUAGACAAAUUGAAGUUGACAUUCCUCGCUGUCAUCAGUACGACGAGUUGCUGUCAUCACCAGAGGGUCAUGCAAAAUUCAGGCGGGUACUGAAAGCAUGGGUCGUUUCCCAUCCUGAUCUUGUAUAUUGGCAAGGUCUUGAUUCCCUUUGUGCACCGUUCUUAUACUUAAAUUUCAACAAUGAAGCCCUGGCCUACGCCUGUAUGUCUGCUUUUAUUCCUAAAUACCUCUAUAACUUCUUUCUAAAAGACAAUUCCCAUGUGAUUCAAGAAUACCUGACGGUGUUCUCCCAGAUGAUUGCAUUCCAUGACCCCGAGCUGAGUAACCAUCUCAACGAAAUUGGCUUCAUUCCAGAUCUAUAUGCUAUUCCUUGGUUUCUCACAAUGUUUACACAUGUCUUCCCUUUGCACAAAAUCUUUCAUCUGUGGGAUACAUUACUCCUUGGGAAUUCUUCCUUCCCAUUCUGCAUUGGAGUGGCUAUUCUACAGCAGCUGAGAGACCGGCUUCUCUCCAAUGGAUUCAACGAAUGCAUUUUACUCUUUUCAGAUUUGCCAGAAAUUGACAUAGAACGAUGUGUCCGUGAAUCCAUCAACCUUUUUUGCUGGACUCCUAAGAGUGCUACAUACAGACAAUAUGCACAGCAUCCUAAGCAAGCCAGUGAGGGAAACUGUACAAGAAGUUUAAUGUCUUGUUUUUCAUCAGAUUAUCAGGAUGCGCCCAGAAGUGACCUGUCUAGGGAUUCUAUCAAGUUGAAUGAUCUGAAAUCAGAAGUGUCGCCACGGAUCUCAGCUGAAGAUUUGAUUGACCUGUGCGACUUGACGGGACCUAGCCAUUUCAAGACCCCAACAAAGAAAACCAAAUCCAGCAAGCCAAAGUUGCUUAUUGUUGACAUUCGUAACAGCGAGGAUUUUAAUCGAGGGCAUAUAUCAGGCAGCAUCAAUAUCCCAUAUGGAUCAGCAUUCACUGCCGAAGGAGAGUUCAUCCAGUGUGCUGCUACUUCCACACUUCAGAGCUUCAAAGGAAGAGUCGUUGUGGUUGUAGGACAUGUUGCAAAGAAUGCAGCCUUGUUCGCAGCUCAUCUGGUAAAAAUCAAAUAUCCAAGGGUUUGCAUUCUGGAUGGAGGCAUAAACAAAAUCAAACCAACUGGUCUGCUGACUGUUUCUUCUCCACAAAUAUGAGCCAGAAACCUGAAGUGACUUAUCAACUAUGAGAACACUUGUAAGGGCAUUACAGCUCCUGCAUUAUAAUAGUGACACAGAUCAUUGCGGUCUUUCCACAGUGGUUUUGCAGGGAAGGAAUUUCUUUUACCAUUUGUCGUAGAGUUUAAUUUUUUUAUUGAAUGAAAAUGUAAAGCUUUAAAAUGUAUGGGGUCAUCUUAUCGAGACUUUUGUCAUCUGAAUAAGCAUCAUCCAUGUAACAAUACAGCAGUAUAGUUCAGUUGGGUUUAUAAAGUCUGUACAUAUUCUGACAAAGUAUUAAUGUGUAACUAAAUUUAUUAUUUCAUUAGUAAUGUUUCAGAAAGCAAACACUUAAUAAGAUGUAAUCCACUGAUACGGGCAUUAGAAUUGUUUAACAUCCACACAUUUCACCUUCAAUGAAUCAGUUUGCCUCAUUGAUCUUCUGGAGGUAUGUUCUUUUAAAAUAAAAUUUAAAAAAACCAUAAGCAGAAAAACAAAAACAAAUUGGAAAUUGACUUCAAAGCACAUUGUUCAAUCUUUUCAAAGGUGUCCUUUCAUAGAAAUCUGUUCAUACAUCCCUUAUUAAAUCUUUGGUGUUUACUGUAGCUGUCAUUGAAAUAGCUUUAGUUCUGUCCAUGUAAUUUAAUCUAUCACUUUCUGAACUUUAUUUGUUGAACAAUAGAUAUCUACUCUUCAGAAUUUCUGAGGAAACGGAGAACUUGCAUUUGAAACAUAGUUACUAUAAACAGAUAUUGCUAUUUUGCAGAUAGUGAUGUUGAGAGGUGGGAAAAGAUUAGGCUGGUAAAAUGUUGACUGAACCCUUGGCAAUAGAAAGAAUUGUUGCUUCAUUUAAGCCAGGUUUAACAAUCAUACUUUGAUUUAGAGUAUGAUUAAAAAAAACUUUUGUUGUCUUAUAAAGCACAGGCUGUAAUAUCUUUAUAACCUAGAAGGGCACUAAUCUGACAGAUAGCCUUGGAUUUUGUAUUGUAAUUUUUAAUGUAAUUAAUAUGUGUUUUUUACAAGCUUCACCUCCUGCAGGAGCAUCACUGGUCAGUCAAUUUACAAACACCACCAAAAUGAACACGGUCAGAUGUGGGGAGGCAUCCCAAUGCUGUUAACCUCCAUAUUUUGGGGUGUUAUGAAAUACCUUACUUAAAUGCUUUCAUCAAAAAUAAAGUUGAAAUAAAGUGCUGACUGUUUUGUUGCCAUAA